AUGUCUGCACCAAGCUCAUCAGACCGAGAAGGCUCUGCCGCGCCCUCUCGCUCUUCCACUCCUGGUCCACGCUUGCCAGAAGAAGAGUCCACCAAGCAAGCCCGUCCCACUACAACACGGAGCAGAAGGUCGCAAUCUUUCAACACCACCGAUUCAGACUCUGAUUCGGACGCAGAUGAUGGUCCCGGUCCUCAACCGGCCCCUGCAUCCGUUAUUGGUGGUGAUGCCAGCGAUGACAGCGGCACUGAUGAAGAUGUGGGGCCGCCACCACCGGCCGCACCAAGUACGGAUCGCCACCAAGGUCCUUCCUCUUCUUCCUUUUCCGAGGACCGCAAACCAAAACGUCCGCUUCAGCAACAUGGCGAUAUCGGCAAGCCAUCGCAGAAGAGACAGAAAGCAGUCAAACUUCCUCAUGAACAGACAUAUCUCUCCAAUCUCCCUUCCGCCGAUCGCUACUUCAAGUCGUUGAUGCACCGAGACACCGUCAACUCAGUUACCGUCACUCCGCGCUCCAAUUUUGCCAUCACCACCAGUGUCGACGGUUGGGUCAAGUUCUGGAAGAAAGCGUCCCUUGCUCCCUCUGCCUCGACAAUAUCAACAACACCCAUGCCAGGAAAUGGCGCUGCGUCUUCGGCAUCGUCUCUGUUCAGCGCAUCCUCGGUCGUCGAAUUUGUCAAGCAGUAUCGCGCCCACCUCUCGCCCAUCAUCGCGUGGAGUUGCUCUGCAGACGGUGCAUCAUAUGCGACACUGGAUGCUGAAGCCAAUGUCAAAGUGUUCGACGUCAACAACUUUGAUCUUAUCAACAUGAUCAAGUUGCCGUACAAAGCACGAACGCUAGCCUGGGUUCAUCGUGCAGGCAGCGCACGUACGAUGCUAGCCAUCACGGAUGAGGACUCUGCUCAUAUUCGCAUCUACGAUGGUAGAAGCACUCCAAGCCAAACUCCGCCAGAGGCAAGUAUGGAUGCAGAGGGAUCAAUACCCACCCCGUCCACCGGCUCGACCCACCACCCCAUCUACACAGCGUCCAAAGUGCACCGUGCCCCUGUCCACAUUCUCGCUUUCAACGCACAGCACAACACCAUCGUUUCGUGCGACGUUACCGGCUUUGUCGAGUACUGGACGCCAGAAGAACCCUUCUUCGCUCCAUCACCUACAAAGAUUCCCGGGAUGUUUGAGCUCAAAUCGACCACGGAUCUGUUCGACUUCAAAAAGACCAAAACGGUCCCUACAACACUCACCUUCUCCAAGGACGGCGAAAAGUUUACCAUCUUCUCGAUCGCGGACCGUCACAUCCGCGUGUUCGACUUUCGCAGCGGCAAGAUCACCCGGCGCUAUGAUGAGAGCCUUGAAGCGCUUCAGGCUGUUCAAGCGCUACCUCCGCCACCGGAUGCAACGUCGUCCACCUCACCAGAUUUGACAGAGGCAGAUACGGAAGACGUUCACCCGGAUGUCAACUUCAAACUCGAUCAGAUGGAGUUCGGACGCAGAAUUGCGCUGGAACGCGAACUCACUGCUUCCAGCGCAUCAGGUCCGCUCUCCGGCCUUGCCAACGCCUCGUCUGCCGCGCUCUGGAAUGUGCUUUUCGACGAAUCGGGCAACUUUAUCAUCUUUGCCUCGCUGCACGGCGUCAAGUUCGUCAAUCUCGUCACUGACAAGUGCGUCCGGCUGCUGGGAAAGGACGAAAGCGUUCGUUUCAUGCACCUUGCGCUGUUCCAGGGCUCACCGGAUAAGAAGGUGAGCUCGCUCGCUGCGGCUGCCUCGGAGAACCCGCUGCUUGCCAAGCAAGGGUUGGUGGACCCUACGCUGUUCGCCACUGCGUACGGACGGGCACGGUUCUACAUGUUCACGCGGGUCGAUCCGGACGCCGUGGGCGGUGGUGCGUCUGGCGGUGGCACGAGCGAGAACCGCGAUGUGUUCAACGAACGUCCUACACGCGAGGAGCAGACCAUUGCUUCUGCUACAGCCGCCAUCGGCAAUGGUCGCGGUCGCGCUGGUGGCGCCAGCACCGCUGUUGCGAGUGCGACUAGCAGCAGCGGCGCGAAACCCAACUCGGCCACCCUCCACACUACGCUCGGCGACAUCCACUUGACGCUCUACACCGACCUCGUGCCCAAAACAUGCAAAAACUUCAUCGGCCUCGCCAAGAAGGGAUACUACGACAACGUCAUCUUCCACCGCAUCAUCAAGAAGUUCAUGCUGCAGACCGGGGAUCCGCUCGGCGACGGCACGGGCGGCGAAAGCCUCUGGGGCGGCAACUUCGAAGACGAAUUUCACCCGAGCCUCAACCACUCAAAACCUUUCACGCUCAGCAUGGCCAAUGCAGGCCCCAAUACCAACGGCAGCCAGUUCUUCAUCACCACUGUGCCCACGCCUUGGCUCGAUCGUAAACACACCGUGUUCGGCAAGGUCGAUGCCGGAAUGGACGUCGUCAAGCGAAUCGAAGAGGUCAAAGUCGAUAAAAACGACAAGCCGAGACAGGACGUGCGCAUCAUCAACGUUAGCCUGCGCUGA